AUGCCAUUUAAAAGCCACCAACUUAUUAUGAAAAAUUGUUUAACUAUUUUUCGUUCAUUCAACACUUAUAAUAUUCCCUCCAUCAGUAAUAGUAGCAGAGUACAUCGUAGUUAUAGAGAAAGUAAUAAAACACAUAAUGAUGAUUUUUCCAAAAUAUUUAACAAAGAGCUAGUCGCCUAUCCAUAUGAAGAAGAAAGAUAUAAGAAAUUAUUAAAUAUUGAAGAUAACAAAGUAAAACGGAAUAUUGCUAAUUUUUUUUUUAAUAGAAAUAUGUAUAUAAAUGUAACAAAUGAUAAUAAAAUAAGAAAAGAAAUGUAUUCAUCUGAUUUUUGUUUCAAAAAUGUAGAUAAAUAUUUUAUUUUUGAAAAAGAAUAUUUAGAUAAUUUAUUCCCUGAAGGAUUAGCUGGUGAAUUACCUAAGGAUAUAUUAAUGCAUACAGAUAAUGAUGAGAAUUUCCAUAUAUUUAUGAACGAAUUAAAUAAAAACAGUAAUAAUAAUAAUAAUAAUAAUAAGUCUAAUAUAUCUAAUGUUAAAGGAGUCGGCUUGUUAUAUAGAAAACAGACAUAUGAAAUUAUUAAAGAGUUAAAAUAUUGUCAAGAUGUUUAUAAAUUAAAAGAAGAAAGAGAAUCUCUUGGUUUAGAUAAUUAUUUUUUAAAAAAAGGAGAUAAUGUAUCUUGUUAUUAUGAUAGGUAUAGGGAAUGUGAAAGUGUGCAGAAUGAUACCAGCGAUUUAAUAGAGAAGUUUAUAACCAAUAAUAUAAAAGAAAACGACGAUGAAAUAAAUAUGAAUAAUAGUAAUAAUAGGAAUAGAAAAUGCACAUCUCUUUAUCAAAGCAGAAGCAUAUUUAUUGAUGGAAAAAGGGGUACUGGAAAAAGUUGUAUUCUUAAUAGUGUCGUCCUAUGGGCUAAAUUAAAUAAAUGGUUUGUUAUAUUUAUCCCAGAUGUAAAAAAAUACAAAUUCGAUAUAAAUAAUAUCGUACGUAGUAAUACAAAUUUAUAUAUACAGCCAGAACUAAGUAGACAAUUUCUUGAAGAUAUUGUAAAAAUAAAUGAAACAUUUUUAAAAGAAAUAUUAGUUAAUAAAAAUAUAAUAAAUAAUACUUGUUUAGAUGGGACACAUUUAUUAUAUAAUAAAAGGAUAUAUGAAAAUAUUAUUCAGAAAGCUAUAGAAACAGAAAUAUUAAAUGAUGAAAAUUAUAAGAAUUUAAAUGAAAAUGAAAAAUUCAAAUGUAAACAAAAAUUAUAUAAAUUUUAUUAUGAUAAUAUUAAAAUACCAAAUCUUUUAGAUAAAUUUGCGUUACCUACUAAUUUAUUAGAAUUAUCUAAAAUAGGAAUAAAUAAUUCAGCAUAUUCAAAUUUAUGUAUAUAUGCAUUAUUUGAACAUUUGAAAAAACAAAAUCAGUUCCCUUUACUAAUAUGUUUAGAUCAAUUUAAUUAUAAUUUAAGUGUUUCUGAAUAUUUAUCUAUUAAUUUUGAAAAUACUAAAUAUAAUGGAUACAUUCCAACCUAUUAUUUUACUAUUCCAAAAUUAUUAUUACAAUGGGAUACUUCUAAAUAUAAGAGGUGUUUUAAAAUAGCCUCAACGUGUUGGGAUAGAGAAAAUAGAAGAAACUUCCAACCUGAACUUUUAGGUAUUCAUAAAAAACAAAUAAAAAUAAUUCGAAACUUUACCAUCAGAGAAUUUAAAAACUAUCUUGCCCAUUUAUAUAAUCAAAAUGUCAUAUACAACUUUGAUAUUAACAAGUUGGAAUAUUUCUACAUGCUAACAGGUGGAAAUGGAUUUCAAGCAAGGAAACUUUUGACGACUCUGUACUGA